GCUCAUGAUCAUUAUACAGUUCUUGCUUUACGGAUCACACCACAGUCCAUUAAUCCCCAAGGGCAGAGGUACAACACGAGAAGUGAAUUCCCCAACAUGAAUCCAGCGAUAACCGGAGCUCUAGUGCUCCUGCUCUUUGUGACAUUCCUUGAUGGGUUGUCCAUCUCACGCAUUGGAUUCAGAAGAUCAUCCUUCAUGAAAAAACUUGUCGGAAAAAAUGACAGGUGCAAAGAUCACAACGAACGCUACUGCAAAAAGUUUACCAAAUACUGUGAUUUGAGUCCAACUAGGAUGUCAAGGGAUUGCAAAGCUACUUGCGGCAUGUGCAAACCAGGUAUUUUGUCUAUGGACAGAGAUAGUAGAUGCGCUGGUUGGGGAAAACACAACUUUUGUAAUAUGCCUCGUCACCAGCCAUUUGUUCUCAAGAACUGCCUUUUCACAUGCAGAAAUGAAAUAAAAUCUCACAGCAAAGUAAUUAUGGAUCAACCACCAAACAAACCAGGAGAAAAGCCCGGCGCUGGAGGACAGGGUAGACCACAACCUGGAAUGGGAGGGCCGAGGCCCGGAAUGCCAGGACAAAUGCCUGGAAUGGGAGGAGGAAUGUAUGGAAUGCAAGGACAAAUGCCAGGAAUGGGAGGAAUGUAUGGCAUGCAGGGACAAAUGCCUGGAAUGCCAGGACAAAUGCCUGGAAUGCCAGGACAAAUGCCUGGAAUGCCAGGACAAAUGCCUGGAAUGCCAGGACAAAUACCUGGAAUGCCAGGACAAAUGGGAGCUCCAAUGGGAGGAAUGGGACAGCCAUGUGGACAACAAGGCCAAGACCCAUGUUCAUUCCAGUUUACACAGAUAAUUCCUCCAAUGCCACAACAGCCUUGUGGUCAGCCGCCUUGUCCCCCACCAAUGCCACCACCACAACAGCCUUGUGGUCAGCCACCAUGCAUGCCGCCUCCUCCACCACCACAACAGCAGUGUCCUCAGCCACCAUGCAUGCCCCCUCCACCACCACCACCACCACCACAACAGCAGUGUCCACCUCAAUGCAUGCCUCCACCACCACCUCAGCCUUGUGCUCAACCUCCAUGCCCUCAGAUUCCUGCUCCUCCACCACCACCCCCACCACAGCAGUGUCCACCACAAUGUAUGCAACCUCAACCUCUCCCACAAAUGCAGCAGUGUCCUCAACCACCAUGCAUGCCCCCACCACCACCACCACCACCACCACCACCACCACCACCACAACCACAACAGCAAUGUCCACCUCAAUGCAUGCCUCCACCACCACCUCAGCCUUGUCCCCAACCACCAUGUAUGCCACCACCACCACCACCACCACCACCACCACCUCCACAAAAUUGUCCACCCUCUUGUAUGCCACCUCCGCAACCAACGCAGCAGUGUGCCCAACCACCAUGCUCGCCAAUGGGACCGGACAUGGGAAUGUCCAUGGGACAACCAAUGGGGAUGGGACAACCAAUGGGGAUGGGACAAUCUAUGGGAAUGGGACAAUCUAUGGGAAUGGGACAACCAAUGGGAAUGGGACAACCAAUGGGAAUGGGACAACCAAUGCCAAUGGGGCAACCAAUGGGACAAUACCCAUAUGGUCAACCACAACCACAAUACCCAGGACAGACACCACCUUCAGGCCAACCUGCUCCUGGCCAGCCCCAACCACCUGCUGGUGGUAAUGCCAACAAACCAGGUGAAAAGAAACCAUCUGGAACCCCUGAAAAGAAGCCAAGUGAACAAUCAAAGCCUCCUGCCGAACAGAACAAACCACAAAAUGACUUCGUACAACGAAACUUCAAUCAACCAGCUUACAUCAUAACCAAACCAGAACUUGGAACUUAUGGACCUCCUCCAUUCAAAAAAUCACUGAUCGCACGAAGACGACAUAAGUCCUAAGCUCUUUAAGAUGCUAUAGAAAAGUCCCUGGCCGAAUGAUGUUAGUCAACACUCCAUACACAAAAUACCCUUCGUAUGAAGUAUUAGCUAUCGAUUUUAGGGCAACUUUACUUUUACCGAAUAAAUUCAAUGUAUAUAUGGACACAAUAUGGAGACGGGCAAGAACUGGUUCUGUGGUUUACACUGUUAAGCAACUACACGCGUGGAAUCAUAGUGACAAGUGACAAAAAUGUUACAGAAAAGUGACACAUUGAAGAGACAUUUUUCAUUAAUAUAAGAAUACGAUAUAUGUAUAUUUGAUAUGCUGUGAGAGGAAUAAGUGUAUAUUGGCAUUGCACAGCAUCAGUCGGCGGUGAAUUGUCGGCGGUGAUUGGCUAAAACGCAGCACGCACAACCAACAGGAUUCUAUGUUCAUUCCAGCGGACAACUAGAGUCAUUUAUUUAAAUACCAAGUAACAUUCCCAAAGCAUUGACGUAACACUAUUAUGUAUUAUGAUUUACUUGUUUUAUUAAAUGCUAUGCAUCUUACCUUA